AUGAAUCCUGAAAGGUUCAGCAAGUGGUCGAGACUCCAAAGAGCGACGGUUUGGGUACUACGAUUUCUGAAGAAAUUGACAAAGGAGCGAUUUACAUGGUUGAAAUCACUUUCAAGCGACGGGCAUUUAACAGCAAACGAUUGUAAAAUAGCUGAAUGGGUUCUGAUCAAGCAAGCACAAAGUGAAGGUAUCAGUGAUCGUGAGAAAACCAAAUGGCAGUUAUACUGCACUGAAAACGGCGUAUGGAAGUCAAUGAGUCGACUAGAAAACUCCGAGCUCGAUGAAGGAUCGAAGCAUCCU